GUGUCCGCAUUCGACUCGCCUCCUUCUCCUCGUCCUCCAUCCUCGCCCUCCACCCGCCGUGUACCAUAGCCCCGCGCCGCCCAUUUCCGCCGCGCGAGAAAAACAGAGCGGUCGCGUGCCCACGCGCUGUAACAUCUGUCCCACACACACAUCCCGCCCGCCAUGCCCGACUCCGCCACCGAGUACUUCCACACCGUCGUCCCGUUCACCCCGUACGCCCUCCGCAGGCACCUCCUCGCCCUUCCCCACGAGACCCUCAACGCCGUCGACGCCCUUCUGCGCUUCGUCCUCGACGCCCCCUGCCCACCCACCGCCGCCCACGACGUCCGCGCCGCCUGGGACACCGCGCAACACGAGGCCGCCUGGCGCAUCGUCCAGCUCCGCAAGAGCCACCCGCAGCCCGUCCCGCCCGCCAACCUCAAACGCACCCGUGACGACGCGUCCCCCGGACCCGCCCCGUCCGCUGCCGCCGCCGCCUCUUCCUCCUCCAAGCGCGCCAAGACAGACAGCAGCCCGUCGACCGCCGUAUCAUCCUCGUCAACCACGCCGGCCGCAAACGCAGACGCAGACGACCCACCCGUCCUCACCCUCCACGCGCUCUCCCUCUCCUCCCCCAUCCGCAAAAAGGCCGACAUCACCGUCCACAGACACUCCCUCCGCCUCACCUCCGGGCCCCUCGACGCCCGCACGCCCGAGGCCCCGCCCAUCCCACUCGCCGCGCUCCGCCGCGCGUUCCUCCUCCCCACGCGCGGGAAGGCGCGCCCCCACUGGACGGUCCUCUUCAUGCCCUCGGACGUCCCCGUCGCGCCCGGCAAGGCCGGCGCAGAGGCGCGGGGCCGCGAGCGUGCGGGCGAGCAGGCGCCGUCCGUCGCAUUCGGCGUGGACGCGGUCCCGGCGGCGGCGCUGAGCACGUCGACGUACGCGGAGGACGGGAGCGCGCGCACGGUGGCGGCGCGCAAGGGCGAGCCGGCCGAGCCUGCCCUCCGCGCGUUCCUCAGCCACUUCCACACGCCGCCGAUCGAGCCGAGCACGGACGUGUUCCGGAGCGCGGCGGGCGAGGGCGUGGCGGGCGUGGAGGCGUACCGCGGUGCGAAGCCGGGCACGCUCUGGUUCCUGAGCGAGGGCGUGCUCUGGGACGGCCGCCCUGCCGAGUUCUUCGCCCUCCACGACGUCGCCCCGGCGGACGGCGACGACGGCGAGGAGGCGGUCGAGGGCGUGCGCACGAUCAGCGCGACGGGGCGCACGUGCACCGUCGUUGUGCGGCGGGUCGAGCGCACGGACGGGGAGGGGGACGAGGAGGACAGGGUGGUGGAGGUCGACUUCGCGAUGGUGGACGGGAAGGAGCAGGAGGGCAUCGCGCGGUGGGUCCGGAGGCACCGACACCUGUUCGGGCGGCGCGACGCCCCGCCGCGUCCCUCCGGCUCCGGCCAGGCGGGCCCGAGUACGAGUACGGGUGCGGUGGCUGCGGGGGACGAAGACGAGGAGGACGAGGAUGAUGAAGACUUUGUAGCGUCGGAGUCGGACGACGGCUCCGCGACGAGCGAGUCCGAUUCGGACGGGGAGGGCGCGGAGAGCGUGGAGGACGCAGAGGCGUCCGACGCUGAUACGGAGGACGGGGAGGAGGGCGGGCUCGACCCCGCGCACCACCCGCUCCUCCGCCCGGGCGCGAUGCCGAAACGCAUGUCGCGUGCGGCGAUGGAGAUGGUCGUCGGCAUGGUGGAGAAGGACCUCGUCGGGGUGGCGGGCGGCGGGGACGAGGAGGACGAGUUGGCGGAGUGACUGGGACUGAGCGCUGCGCGUGGUUGUGGUGAUGGCGGUGGGUGGACCGGCGCGGGUGCGGACGGUUUGUACGACACGGUGACGGCGAUGUUCACGAGCACACUAUCAUACGGCUAUGCAUGUCGGCUGCAGGUUAUGACACGGAUUUUGAGAGUCGGGCUCUGAUUUGCCGACGGAUAUACAUGACGCUGGACACUGGGACGCAUCGCACGGCCCCUUCUGUCGUGGUCUUUCGCC